AAUAAUAUUGAGCAUCCCUAAAAUAGAUUUUAGGUAAAAUCAUCGGGGUAAUAUAUAUUUUAUUAUUUUAGGUACUUAGUAAUACCACAUUGUAUCUUAAAUUUGAAAUUUUAAUUUAAAUAAAGUAUCCAAUAAAAUCGCUUGUGUGCAGUGUUGCCAGAGAAAUUUUUGUAAAUGCACCGGAAUGACUGGAAUAGUGACACAAAGUACUAAACCAACACAUUUUGUACAAAAACUUAAAAAAACGUCGUUUAAUAUUAUUUGAAGCAAAUUUCUUAUGUCACAAAAUUUUAGGUUUUUACUUUAGGAGACUUUAGUAUCAAAAGUUUGGUUGUUAAUUGUAUCAAAUUGGUACAAUUUUAACAACUCUGGCAACGCUGAAUUGCCUGCCAUACGUCCUGUCAUUAAAAAUCACGUGGUUUGGAUUGCCUAAUUGGUUGCCUACGUUUAAGACAUUGUUUCAUCAGAAAUUAUGUUUUUGGAAAGAUGUUUUAAUAUCAAAACAAAUAAACUUUACAAUAAUCAAUAUGAUAAUUGAUAAUGCACAAUUUUGCAAUAUGUUUACUACUAUUGCAUACUUGUUGAGAUAAUCUUCUGAAUAAGCUUUACCCGGUUGUAAAUCAAAGGUUAGAAUUGAAAACAAAAUGGAUUUAACUGGAAUGCGAGCCAAUUAUAAGAGCAAAUUGGCAUCCUUCUUAGAAAAGGACAUUGAAGUUAAAGAACCGUAUGACCUAUUCGAGAAGUGGUUUAAGUUGGUGAAGGAAGAUCCAAGAACAGUUGAAGCAAAUGCCAUGUGUGUGUCAACUGCUACAAAGGAUGGAUUUCCAUCUGCAAGAUAUUGCCUUCUCAAAGGAUUUACUAAAGAUGGUUUUAUAUUUUUCACACAUUAUACUAGCAGAAAAGGAAAAGAAUUGGAGGAAAACCCUCGUGCAGCUCUUACAUUUUAUUGGGAACACUUCAAUAGAUCAGUUAGGAUUGAAGGUGAUGUAGAAAAGUUACCAUUUAGUGAUGCAGAUGAAUACUUUAGUAAACGACCAUACAGAAGCCAGAUUGGAGCUCUUUGUAGUAACCAAAGUAUACCGGUUGAAGGACGCCACAUACUAGAACAAAAAGCUGAAGAACUAGCUAGUAAAUAUAGCGAGGGACAAGUACCAAGGCCACCAUUAUGGGGUGGUUAUCUAGUAAAACCUAGACGUUUCGAAUUUUGGCAAGGCCAGACAGACAGAAUUCACGAUAGAAUCAUCUUUAGAAAACCUAGUUGUCCAAAUGAACCAGAUGGUAUUGUAACACACCCAGCAGAAGAUGGAUGGGUAUACGAGAGGCUGAACCCUUAAACUAUAUUUAUCCGAAGACUUAUUUUAAACAUUUAUUUGAAUAAGAUUGAGGUAGGUAGUUGUCAAAUUUUAUUAUAAGCUUUUAUUAAAUAUAUUAAACAAGU